CACAUGCAGGUCUGAGGUAUAACCAGUGCGACUGAUGAUGUGUGCCUGGUUGUUAAUAUAAUCUCUUUUUGUGGACUUCUUCUCCUACAGCACUGAAUUUCACUUCUACCUUUGUGAAGAAAGCUUUCCCAACCCUCCAAAGCAGCUCUUCUACAGACUUGUAGUAAAAGAGGUUUUGCUAUAGGAAAGAUUUUUGUUUGGGAAAAAUGGAUGAUUGUUGCGGGUCUAAUGGAGACUGGGAAAGCAAGAGGAUUCACAAUGAGAUCGAGAGACAGCUGAAAAUGGACAAAUUGGAUGCACAGCGACAGGUCAAGCUGCUACUUCUAGAAACCUCACCCCGUGAUGUAGGGAUGGAACAGCCUCCUGAACACAAGAUGAGCUCAGAGGGGGCGGAAGGCCGGCCAGCCCCACCCACCUCUCUGCCUCUGCAGGGGGAUGGGGGCGUGGUCUCUCAGAGGAAAAAACUCUCAGCUCCUCGUAUCAGCCUCUCGCUGGACCAAAGUGAGGAUGAUCUGUUUGACACACCUGAUGACCUGGACAUUAAUGUGGACGAUCUGGACACGCCUGAUGAAACUGAUUUCCUGGACUAUACUGAUCAUGAAAUGGACUGGGAAGAACCUAAGGUGUCCCAGAGAGCUUCAGUGAAGGAGGUGUGUGAACCCAUCCCUACUUGUAGUGCUGAAGAGGAGCGCCAGGAGUCCAAACUCUGGAGGACUGUUAUCAUUGGAGAACAGGAGCAUCGAAUCAACAUGAAGUGUAUCGAACCUUACCAAAAAGUCAUUUCUCAUGGAGGUUACUACGGCAAUGGCGUGAAUGCCAUCAUUGUUUUUGCUGCUUGCUUCCUCCCAGACAGCGAUAGAGAAGACUACCAUGAAAUAAUGGAAAACCUCUUUCUGUACGUGAUCAGCACGCUGGAGCUGAUGGUGGCGGAGGACUAUAUGAUCGUCUACCUGAAUGGUGCAACUCCUCACCGCAGGAUGCCUGGCCUCGGCUGGCUGAAGAAGUGCUACCAGAUGAUAGACAGGAGGCUACGGAAGAACCUGAAAUCCUUCAUUAUUGUUCAUCCCUCCUGGUUCAUCAGGACUGUUCUAGCCAUCACCAGACCCUUUAUCAGUUCGAAGUUCAGUAGCAAGAUUAGGUAUGUGAACAGUUUAGCAGAGCUGGAAGGGCUCAUCCCCAUGGACUAUGUCCAUAUUCCAGAAAGCAUCAUCAAGUAAGUGCAAUUCAUUUAAUGCAGUAAUUCAGUAACUGUAAAAGCACUUAAUGUGAUCUGUGUUUUUUUAUUGUAUUACAGUUACAGUAGUUCAGACACCUAAAUGUAAUGAGUGCUAAAGCUGAGUGAGCUUCUUCACCAAAACAACUCUAGUUCUUGAACCAGUUCCAAUCAGGCUUAUAAAAACAGUAGUGCUUUUCAGCAAACCAGCCUGCAUUUCAACAGUUUAAGUGGAACUGUCAAAACGUCAAUCACGUGAAUCAGAAUGGUCUCGGUUCCACAUCAGUGGAAAAGCACUAAGUGACAGUCAGAAGUGCCAGUAUUGCAUGUUAAUGACACUCUGACUGAAGCCCUACAAGUUUUACUAUGCCACACACACAGAUAACCUGACAACAAUGCAUGCCAGCACUAACAAAACAAAAAUACAGCCACAAUAAAACAACAGUAUUAUAAUUUUUAUUAUUAAUACGUUAAUUUUACCCAAAAUUACAAUGAAUUCGAAAAUUGUACAAAUGAAAACUAAAGUGAUAUAAUAGAUAACAGUCAGGUUUUAUUUGCAUGCUGAACCAAACCAAAUAAAAGUACACUAAAUACAGACACUGAAGGUUUAAAAUCUAGGUAUGUACAGGGGUUGGACAAUGAAACUGAAACACCUGUCAUUUUAGUGUGGGAUGUUUUAUGGCUAAAUUGGAGCAGCCUGGUGGCCAAUCUUCAUUAAUUGCACAUUGCACCAGUAAGAGCAGAGUGUUAAGGUUCAAUUAGCAGAGUAAGAGCACAGUUUUGCUUAAAAUAUUGCAAUGCACACAACAUUGUGAAUGACAAAUUGUUGGUGCACAUCUUGCUGGCGCAUCUGUGACCAAGACAGCAAGUCUUUGUGAUGUAUCAAGAGCCACGAUAUCCAGGGUAAUGUCCGCAUACCACCAAGAAGGACCAACCACAUCCAACAGGAUUAACUGUGGACGCUGUAAGAAGAAGCUGUCUGAAAGGGAUGUUCGGGUGCUAACCCGGAUUGUAUCCAAAAAACAUACAACCUCGGCUGCCCAAAUCACGGCAGAAUUCAAUGUGCACCUCAACUCUCCUGUUUCCACCAGAACUGUCCGUCACCACUAUAAAUUAUUGUGGUCUAAAACCAGGUGUUUCAGUUUCUUUGUCCAACCCCUGUACGUAGGUAGGGUACACUGUUUGAUAAAAUAAUAAAUUAGAUCAGCCAGUCAGAGGAAGCAUGAUCUGCUGCAACAAGUAAGAUUGAACAAAUCAAUAAAUAAUUUAAAAACAAAGCAGGGGAAUACAAAACAAAGUUUAACUUCACAUUAAGUAAGUUCUUCAAAUAUUUAACAGCUUCGUCAGUGUGUGAACCACAGGAUUAACCUGUUAAAUAUCCUAACGUUUUGACCGUUUUGACUUGUUACCCUGAUAACUGGAAAAUGAUGAACUGCUCCUCAGUUAUUAUGACCGAAGGCCGAAGUCAGAUUUUUUUUUUCUCUUUUAAUUUAAAAAUCUAUUAAUAGGCAGACAGUGUGAAUAGAACAGUGGUUUAAUCACAAUACCACACUUGAUGUCUGUGCUAUAAUGUGAGAUAUUGGCACUGGUAUACUGUUCUUCAGCCUCAGUGCACCAGUGCCAAUAGCUCUCAUCAUCUCUUGCUCUCUAUUCUUGCUCAGAUGUCUCACUAGACUCCGUGAUGAAGAUAACAUAUGUAAAAUCAUACACCAGACGCAGUGUGUACUCGUGUCUACCCCCUCAGAAGCUGAAAUGUUGUUGUGAGUUCAGCGGUUUGUCGAGGUGUCGGCAUGUUCCUGAGAAUCACUGCUAAAGCUGUGAAUGUUCACGCUGGUGUUUCACACCUGCAAAUCUGGGUUUCUGUGGUAACAGACACUGAGGUACUGAGAGGGAGCUUAUGAAUUAGGUUAUACCCUGGUCUUGCGUUCUGAGCAGCAAAGAACAGAAAUUUGGGGCUUUUUUAAUAACCUACAGGUUGACAGAUUCAGUGCACUGCCUUUACCUUUUACUGCCUGGAAGCUAUUUCUCCACCACUGCUCUGUUUAGUUUGCAUUAUGUAUUUAUGUAUGCAGUACAAUUUUAACGGUUCCCCAGAUUUUCUAUUGUUUAGUCCUGUAUGCUACUGUCAACACAGUUUAACAACACAGUUUGACAAGACAUAUGUACAGUAAUGCUGUGCUCCAUUUGAACUUGGAUGUUGGAAUUUCCACUGGAAUGCUACUUUAGGACAGAUUUCCUACUCAGAAAGUCAGAAAAGAGGCUCAUCAAUCUCGAGUUCAGAAUCCAAACUGACUGUUUCACACAUCAACAGUAGUAAAAUCAGUAGUAAUUAUACAGUUUAUUAGCAGUUCUAUCUACACUGCCUGGCCAAAAAAAAGUCGCCAUCAAAAAAGGGGUCACACACUCUAAUAUUUAGUUGGACCAUCUUUAGCUUUGCAGCUUUACGCAUUCACUGUGGCAUUGUUUUAUAUAAGCUUCUGCAAUGUUACAAGAUUCAUUUUAAUCCAGUGUUUCAUUAAUUUUUCAC